AUGCAGGUAAAUAAGCGUGUCAGCGUGCUCUUUGAAAAUGCUGACGAUAUUUCCGCACGGUUCGAGAGAACCGAUACACAUGUCACGGUGGAGGCCCCUAAUGAUGCCGUGGUACAGACAAGGUGGCAGUUUGUCGGAACUGAGAUUGACGUCCCGGAAAAUGUCACAGAAAGAGUGACAUGGGCCCACAACGAUAGGAAAUUCAACGUUUUGCACCCUUACAUAAACGCAGGCUUUAAUUUUUACACGACCAACGUGUCGAGAGGCUUUGGCCGGGGGAAACCGCUUAGCAGCACUCCAAAAUACAGCUUGCUGCACUUGGAUGAUUCAGAGAUUGUUGAUGUGCAGUCAUAUUUGCCCUCCCAGAUAGACUACAACUCAUUCUUGCACUGGCGUUUGGACGACUGCCAAUAUGACAUUGCCGUCAGGGGUGGACUUGUUGAGGUUAAUGAAUUCUGUCCCCUGCUAAAAAACUCCGCUGCAACUUUCCGUAAAGAAACAGGUGUCGAAAAUAUGGAACUGGGCCUUUUCUACGUGGACUCACAAGAUUCGGUCGACAUCAACUUGUCUGGAAUAAGAUGCGGAUGGACCAGCGACGCUAAAGUGGAGAGGUGCUUGAAAACAACCUUGUUUUAUAACCCUGCAUACAUCUACAAUAGCACAAACGGGACGAGUCCAAUUUCUUUGCAGGAACCAGUAGGGUUGCACCCAAAAGUUCAAAUCGACCUAACGUCUUACGAACCAGUUGAUAAGUGCGAGUACUACGUUUUUUUACAGUUGCCCGUUGAGAUCUUUGUCGACAAGUUUCAGUCCGACCCAAUGUUUGUCUUCGGCGAGCAUGACCUAGAAUUGCCUGCUUAUAAGCUCGAAGAUAAAUCGUGGGGGUCAGAAACUCUCUACAGUUUGAAACCAGGAGAGUUGAAUGAGAUCACUUUGCACUCGAGAUACGUUGCACCCGCGUCAAUUGCCUCAUAUGCAAAUGCGUCGUUCACCCCAGAAGUGUUUCGUGCGUGUGACACGGACUCUGACACGGUUGUGCAAAACCCUUUUUACACGAAGGGCCUGGGACUUGAAUCGUUCUUUACUCCAAAUACAAACUUCGCCUUUCAAAAUUCAACAACAUUAACCGUAAAUAUCCCAAGACCUGGGUUGGAAUCCUACCAGACAGUACAAUACAGCAGUAUGGCAAUAAUUGUCUUUGGCCUAAUCUACUUGUUGAGCAAGAUGUUUUUCAGCAAACCGCAACAAACGACAGCUAGCAAAAGUAAGAAAAUCAAUUAG